AUGGAGGACGCGACUCAGGACGGUCAGCCCGAGGGGAAGCUGGGAGCUCGGCGCCUGCACCCGGGCCGGCGGCCCAGCCGAGCACCGGAGCCGCCCGCGGGCUUGGCGAGGGGCGUCCUCCAGGGGGCGCCCCGGCGACGCGCGCCAGCCAGCCAGAGGCGCCGCCCGCCGCCCGCCUUCUCCUCACGGCGCAGGGGCGGCCGCGCAGCUGCAGGCCGCUUACGCUCGCCCACACCGGAUUCCACUUCGGAUGUUUACCCGGGGCCGGGGGAGCCUGCCCGGAGGCCACGCCGACCUCCAGUGCUCCCACCCUGCGUAAAGGACAAGGCCUGUACGUGGGUCAGUGUGGAGGCCGGCCGCAUCCUGAAGGUCUGUCCUUGCGGAACCUCUGACGCGGCUUUCUCUCGAAUUUCGCAAGACCUGCGGCUGCGGUUUCAGACUUGUGCCGCGCCUGGCUUUGUUCCCAGCAGGAGGGGUGAUACCAUGGCCCACCGUUCCCAACCCUCUGUCCCUUGCUGCUUCCCAGAGUACGGUUCAGACAUCAUCUGUCUCCGUGCUUCUCUUGGCGCUACAGGUGAUGGAGUCCUGGCCAAGGACAGCACCUGCUUUGGAAUUGCGUGGGAGAGGCCGACAGAAAUGGGGCUCUCCUUGACCUCGCUGAGCGGCAGAGCCAAUGCCAACCUUGAUGGAGAUCCCGUGAUGGAGAAUAUAAGUGUGAAAUAAGCAAGAGCUGAGCCAACUGCAGGAGAUCUGCAUGGACUUGAUAGGAACCACCCAUGGCCCACACACCCUCCUGGGGACCUUAUCAGCCCUAUGCUGACUGCCAAAACUGUAUAUAAACUGCCCUCUGAAGAGGCCCAGAGAGGCUCUGAACAGACUCUCCUGAGAGCGCCAGAGUGAAAGCUCCAGGUUGGCCCACUGCACUCAGCCCUUCCCACAAGAGAGUUCUCCCAGCCAGCCCUGUGCUCACCCGAUGAUGAGGCGCUGAGCUAACCUGACUUGAAGCCCUGCUCACCCAAAGCCGAGACACUACUCACCGUCUAAGACCUGUGUUCUUCUGCUCAGCGGCACCACCCAUGCGGAUGCUGUGAGAAUCUGCCCUCUGCUAAGACAUGUGGUGAGGAACACCAGAGGUACUUUGGGAACCCUGGGUGGUCAGUUUGCCCAGUGUGUUGUAUGAAUUAGAAUGUGUGGCUUCUCCACUGCGUAUUAAAAUCCU